UGAAUGAAUGAAUGGAGGUCGACUCCGCCUCUUUUCUUUGGAGUGACCUGAAUGGCUAACCGGCCUCCAGAUUAUUUGCAUGCCUCUCGGUGAUAGGUUGGGUAGGCUGGCGUGUCGGCGCGCAGAUUUAAAUUUGAAUUAUCCAGGAAGUUGUGUUUUGUUCGCGUUCGGGCCAAAUCAUGGCGGAGCUCGCAGAUUUGAACCCGAAGCAAAUGGAAGAGUACCGCAGAUGCGUGUCCCAAGCCAAGCAGGAAGCCAGAAAUGGGAACUUGGAAGCAUCUCUCCAAUUGUUCCAACAGGCUCUUAAAAUCCAUUUCAGCGAAAAGCUGACCGCAAACAUUAAAAAGUUGGAGGAAGCCCUCGCUUCUCUGGCUGUGGAGGAGGAGGAGGACAACAACUUUGUGGAUGUGUGUCAGUGCGGACUCAUGCUGUACGGGGAAAUGCACGAUAAGCUUUUUGACUAUCAGAGAGAAGGGGUUGCUUUUCUGUACAAGUUAUAUCGAGACAGAAGGAAGGGCGGCAUCCUGGCAGAUGACAUGGGACUCGGGAAGACCAUUCAGAUCAUCGCUUUCCUCUCUGGGAUGUUUGAUGCAGAACUCGUCCGUUCCGUGUUGCUGAUUCUCCCAGCCACCCUUCUUAACAACUGGGUGAAAGAGUUUGCCAAGUGGACGCCAGGCCUGCGAGUGAAAGUUUUCCACGGGACCAACAAAGCUGAACGUAACAGGUAUCUGGAGCGUAUCCAGAGUAGAAAGGGCAUCUUGCUCACAACCUACCAGGUGGUCCUCAACAACUGGCAGCAGCUUUCUAGCUUUGGUGGGGAAGAGUUUGUUUGGGACUAUAUCAUUCUGGAUGAAGCCCAUAAAAUCAAAACUCCGUCUGCCAAAACAACAAAAUCUGUGCAUGCCAUUCCUUCCAAAAACCGCAUCCUUCUCACAGGAACUCCGGUCCAAAACAACCUCAAAGAACUUUGGGCUCUUUUCGAUUUUGCUUGUCAAGGGUCACUGUUGGGUACCGUCAAAACCUUUCGGAUGGAAUAUGAGAACCCUAUCACAAGAGCUAGGGCAAAAGACGCCACUCCUGGAGAGAAAGCUCUGGGGCUUAAAAUCUCAGAAAACCUGAUGUCCAUCAUAAAGCCAUAUUUUCUGAGGCGGACUAAAGAUGAACUCCAGAAGAAGAAGAAGAAGCUUGAGCUUCCAAACCAUCUCCCUGAAAACCAAAGUAAAGAUGUUGCUCCUGUCAUGCCUUCCCUUCCUCGAAAGAACGAGUUCAUUGUAUGGGUGUUCUUAGCACCUGUACAAGAGGAAAUAUAUAGAAAUUUUAUAUCCUUGGAUCAUAUCAAGGACCUGUUGUUGUCCACAAGGUCCCCACUGGCUGAACUGAAUAUCCUGAAGAAACUCUGUGAUCACCCAAGGCUCUUGUCAAAUCGAGCAUGUAGACAACUAGGGCUGGAAGCAUCCAAUUAUAGCGAAGAAGAAGUUGGUGAAGAUGAACCUAGACAUGAGCUCCCAGACAUGAAGAGGAGUAUUGAGCAUGUUUCUGAUGAGAUGCUGAUUCAGGAGUCUGGAAAGUUGAGCGUCCUUGUGGCACUGCUGGAAAGACUGCAAUAUGAGGGACAUAGAACUCUGGUAUUCUCCCUAUCGCGAAAAAUGUUGGACAUUAUAGAGCAGGUCUUAACUCACAGGGGCUUUAAGCUCAUGCGCAUUGAUGGGACAGUGACCCAGUUGGCAGAAAGAGAGAAGAGAAUUGGCAUGUUUCAGAAAGGUGCAGACUACUCUGUCUUUUUGCUUACUACUCAAGUUGGUGGGAUUGGUUUAACCUUAACAGCUGCUAGCCGGGUGGUGAUUUUUGAUCCUAGCUGGAAUCCAGCGACAGAUGCCCAAGCUGUGGACCGAGCUUACAGGAUUGGCCAAAAAGAGAAUGUCAUAAUCUACCGGCUGAUUACCUGUGGGACAGUUGAAGAGAAGAUCUAUAGAAGACAAGUCUUCAAGGAUUCCUUAAUACGUCAAAGCACGGGUGAUAAGAAAAAUCCCUAUCGCUACUUUACUAUGCAAGAGCUAAAAGAAUUGUUCAUAUUGGAAGACACGCGAAGCUCGGCCACACAGCUACAAUUGCAGUCCUUACAUGCCACCCAAAGAAAAACAGACACAGAGUUGGAUGAACACAUUGCAUACCUCUACACGCUGGAUAUAUUUGGCAUUUCUGACCAUGAUUUGAUGUACACACGGGAUACAGCACAUGAUGAUGAAGCCGAAAAUGAAGAAGCCCACAGGUACAUUGAACACAGAGUCCAAAAAGCCCAAGAGUUGGUACAACUAGAAUCUCAGUUGAAUGACCAGCAUAUGAGGAAUAUUGGAAACAUGACUGAAGGAGCAUGGCUGAGAGAUAUAGACUCAUCCACCCAGCCAAAAACAAAACCAUCUAAGUCUUCACCAGGUGACACUCUUGGGCCAUCCACGUCCGAAAGGACAAUCCCAACAGUUGUGGAAUCACCCACUCCAUCCACAAAGGAAUCGCCAACUCCUUCUCCAAGUCCUGUGGUUACCCCACCUAUAUUUAUUAGUCCUGUCGUCACUAAUGAAGUUAUUGAUCUGGUAAGCGAUGAUGACAAUGAUGCUGUUAGUGAUAUGGUCAAUUUGAGCUCUAAAAUGACCAGUCUGGUUGUUGAAGACAUGAAUGAUGAGCAAAUGCUUCAGAUUAUUUCUAAUGCUUUGCCUUCUGAGGAGAAAGAACACCAAUUUCCCAGCUUCCAAGUGUGUGACCUAAAUCCCGGGACAACACUUGUGUCCCCUUUUCAGACUCAUUCAGUAUCUAUCAAGGAGGACUACAGUCCUGAAUCCAGUGCAAUCUCCGAACUGCCUGCCAAGGAUAUGGACGAUGAGGAAAUGCUUUCCCAUACAACCAAUAUGGAUGUUCUGCAUUUCAAAAACAAAGAAUAUCAACAAACCAGACUGCAAACGGAUGACCAAAAUGAGAGUCUGAAUGUUGUAUCUUCUCUUCCCCAAGCUACUUCAUCAUUGAUCGAAGGCAGUGUCAACUCAGAAUCCAAAAUGAUCUCUUGCGAUCCAUCUCCAGAAGCAAGACGUGAGCUUAAAGAUGUCCAGAUGAAACUGUUGCAGGAAUCAGUUGUGUAUCCUUCUGAUGAUGGCAUGCACCGAACUGAGACUGACAUGUCACUUGAUGUUCUUCAUGGAGAUCCCUGCGAAAUUAAUGAAGUAGAUGCUGUGGCACCACAUCAGGCCCUGGUUAGUAAAAUGACAGAAAGCAUCACGCUGCAGAACUCUGGCACGAGAGAAACAGAGCAGUUCAAGUGUCCUGAUAUUUCCUCUCACUAUCAGCAGAUGAGAAAUAUCAUAAACACGACAGAAGGUUCAUGGCUGAGAGAUACAGACUCAUCCAACCAGUCAAAAACAAAACCAUCUAAGACUUCAUCAGGUGACACUCUUGGGCCAUCCACAUCCGAAAGGACAAUCCCAACAGUUGUGGAAUCACCCGCUCCAUCCACAAAGAAAUCGCCAACUCCUCCUCCAAGUCCUGUGGUUACCCCACCUGUAUUUAUUAGUCCUGUCAUCACUAAUGAAGCUAUUGAUCUGGUAAGCGAUGACAAUGAUGGUGUUAGUGAUAUGGUCAGUUUGAGCUCUAAAAUGACCAGUCUGGUUGUUGAAGACGUGAAUGAUGAGCAAAUGCUUCAGAUUAUUUCUAAUACGGAAGAUGCUUUGCCUUCUGAGGAGAAAGAACACCAAUUUCCCAGCUUCCAAGUGUGUGACCUAAAUCCCGGGACAACACUUGUGUCCCCUUUUCAGACUCAUUCAGUAUCUAUCAAGGAGGACUACAGUCCUGAAUCCAGAGCAAUCUCUGAACUGCCUGCCAAGGAUACGGACAAUGAGCAAAUGCUUUCCCAUACAACCAAUAUGGAUGUUCUGCAUUUCAAAAACAAAGAAUAUCAACGAACCGGACUGCAAACAGAUGACCAAAAUGAGAGUCUAAAUGUUGUAUCUUCUCUUCCCCAAGCUACUUCAUCAUCGAUUGAAGGCAAUGUCAACUCAGAAUCCAAAAUGAUCUCUUGUGAUCCAUUUCCAGAUGCAAGAAGUAAGCUUAAAGAUGUCCAGAUGAAACUGUUUCAGGAGUCAGUUUCAUAUCCUUCUAAGGAUGGCAUACACCAAACUGAGGCUGACAUGUCACUUGAUGUUCUUCCAAUCUCUCAUGGAAAUGCUUGCGAAAUUAAUGAAGCAGAUACUGUGGCACCACAUCAGGCCCUGGUUAGUAAAACAACAGAAAGCAGUGCACUGCAGAUCUCUGGCACGAGAGAAACGGCGCAGUUCAAGUCUCCUGAUAUUCCCUUUCUCUAUCAGGUCAAUUUCAACCUUGCCUUUGAGGAUUCUGAGCAUGGUCCACAAACUAUCUCAGAAAAGGACACGUCAUUAGAGGAGACAGCAAAUGAAGGAUUCCAGCUAAAGUUGGAUAGUUAUUGUAGCUCUGCAACUGAAUCAGUUGGGAAAGAACAUAGGAAUCACAGAAGCCUCCAGACUAGCAAUGGUGUGGAGAGCUCUGUAGUCAUGGACGAUUCCAAUGGUCCAUGUGAUAGUGGAGACAGUUUUGGGCUGGGGAAAAAGAAGCGUCCUGCAAUGAUUGUUUCAGAUGAGGAAGAAGAAAAUGAUGAAUUAAUAGAUGAACUGGAUGAGGACAAGCCAGAUGGAAUUUGUAUGUCUACACCAAAGACCGACAGGCCAGUGGCUGCAAUUUGUUUUUCUCCAAGGGUCAAAUUGAGUGGAAGAAGAUCAACGGCUUCUCGUCGAUCCUUCUUAGAUAUGGUCUUGGAAGAAGUGGAGGAUGCAGCCAGAGAAGCAGGAACUGUCAGCAAUGUAUCUAAUGAUAGGUCUGUUCAGCAGGAGUAUGAAGAAGAGCUAACCCAAAAUUACACUGAGCAAACGUCAGCGGAAUUGGAAGAGGAGCCAUCGGGAGAAACCCUGGAUUCUGAGAGUGAAUUUAGCCAUUUUUAUGAUGCAGACUCUUCAAGAGGAGAAUCUUUCUCUGAAGUCGCAAUAUAGGGGGAAUCUAAUCCUUCCCUAACCCUUGGGUUACUGUGCUUGAGUUGAAUCUUUGCUCUGAAGACUUGUUCCUACUGUUGGACUUUAUUUUGGAAAGCCAGCUGCUGAAAAUUAAAUAUACAGUAUAUUUGGGUCUGUCUUAGUUCUUUUAGUUCCUUAUUAUGCUUUGCUGCCUUUCAUUUCAAAAGGAGUUCAAUUUUUAUCCAUCACUUCCUCUUGGGUACGGCCAACGUGCUAUAUUUUAGAGACUUAAUUCUCCUUGAGGUAGCUAAUCUUUGAUUGGGCUGUGUCACUUGAGACUUAUUGCAAUGAUGAGGCAUGGGUCUCCAAUCAAUCAAUCAAUCCCAGUGAUGAAAGACUGACAUACCAGAGAAGGCUUGAAUAACAUCUAGCAAUGACAAUUUCACACAUAAUGACUUUUAGCACAUGGAAAAUGCUUAGACCAGUGUUUUCCAAACUUGUCAACUUUAAGAUGUGUGGAUGUUAAGUCCCAGAAUUCUUCACCCAUCUUGACUG